CAGGCCAGCCACAAGGAAGAAGCUUCUGCUUGUUCGAACCUAAACACGGUCGUGGUCCGCGGAGUUGGUUCCGCGCCUUCGCCACUCAGUACUCGGCUCGAAGCUGGUGCACUGGUUCCGCGUUCACGGUUCCGUUCAACUCCUCCGAGUUGUCGCCGGCGUCCGUCUGGGACGUGGUGCGAAGCGAAAGAAGACCCUCUCGUGUUCGGUGUUCGGUCUGUCUUGUCAGUCGGGGGCCCUGUUCUGCUCCCUGGUUUCGUCAGCUGCACAAGUUUGUGUUUUGGGACUGACAGCGAAGGACUCGGACCCGAGCGAGGCGCCCGUGGCAGGGCGAGUGUCCAGUGUGCCACCGAUUGGAUGUCAAGCAACCCUUCAAUCCGAGGCACCUCAUGUGUGACCCUCUUCGGAAGGCUGUUUGGGAGAAGGGUGGUUGUGACGAAAUAUUUUUCGAGUGAGCGGUGUUGUUACGUGGAGUUGUGGUUGCUUUGACCGGGUGCCGUUCAAGAGCGCCGAGCCGAACGAAUGACCAGAAUUUAUUAAUUGUUUGUGGGUGGAACUUGGAGUCAGGCUCGUGCCGUAUUCAACUUUGUGGUGAAGAGGUUAUGUUAAAAGUCCCAAAAUGCCUGUAAUCCUUGUUGAUAGGCUGCCUUUGCCUAGUUUGAAGACAUACACUGUGAUAAGUGUUGCAUUGCUAUCAUGCUCAGUCUACUACGCUGUACAAGUUACCAGCGAAGCGAAUUGGAAGACAAACGCCACCGUAUCGCAAGGAGCGUUAGUGGCAGCGUCCAUGGGAAAGGCAGAGGAACCAUCGUUUCCAUCUGCGCUACCAGAAGCUGCACCUGAAGUGGUUCAAUCACAGCUGCCACCUCUCUCAAAGACGAAGCCUCCUCUUAGCACCCAGAUUGCAGAAGUCAUCACCUACAUGGUGCAGGAGCCGUUAUGUAUAUGGACCCUGAUGAACAUGGCGUACUGCUGCCUCAUCCUGCUUGGCAAGCUCAUCCAACGAGUUGUCUUUGGCCAGCUUCGAGUCUCUGAGCAGCAACAUGUCAAGGAUAAAUUUUGGAACUUUGUGUUCUACAAAUUUAUCUUUGUCUUUGGAGUCAUUAAUGUGCAGUACCUGGAUGAAGUUGUGCUCUGGGUUGCUUGGUUCUCAGUUCUGGGCUUUUUGCAUUUACUUGCACAGUUAUGCAAAGAUCGUUUUGAAUAUCUGUCUUUCUCCCCAACAACCCCUGGCUGGAGUCAUGCAAGGCUUGUUGGGCUCUUGUUUGCGAUUCUGCUUUUGUCGGGAUUUAUGUUCCUCAUUUGCAUAGCCGUUGGUUUCUUUGAUGGAGUGAACACGUUUGCAUUUAUGGCUGCUGAGUGCGUCCUUUUAACAGUACGGACUCUUCAUGUAAUUCUGCGAUACAUCCUGCAUUUGUAUGAUAUGCGAGGGAGUGAUGGAGGAAAUGGAGGAGGUCACGAAGGCCUGGCCCGUGUGGUGACUUGGGAGAAAAGAGGUCCAGUUGCAUACUACGCCGAGUUUGUUUUAGAACUGGCAGCGUUGGUUGUAGACCUCCUUCAUCACCUUCAUAUGUUAUUGUGGUCUAACAUAUUCCUCUCUAUGGCCUCCCUUGUAAUAUGCAUGCAAUUACGAUUCUUAACUCAUGAGAUUCAACGCCGUUUCAAGAAACACCGUAAUUACCUCUGGGUCCUGAAUCACCUAGAACAGAACUAUCCAAUGGCCUCAGCUGAGGAGUUGGCCCAAAACUCCGAUAACUGUGCCAUAUGUUGGGAGAAAAUGGAAACGGCAAGGAAACUCCCAUGUGCUCAUCUAUUCCACAAUUCUUGCUUGCAAUCAUGGCUGGAGCAGGAUACUUCUUGCCCAACUUGUCGUCUUGCACUUUCCAUGCAGAGUCCCAUAACUCGUGACCAUAAUCAUUUGGAUCACACUCUUCUAGCAGUGGAUGGGGGCGCAGAUGGCGUUCAGGCCACCAGGAGGCCUCCUGCCAACCAUUUCUUCCACUUUGACGGUUCGCGGUACGUUUCCUGGCUGCCCAGUUUUUCUGUCGAGGUGACUCACACACAGCUCCUUAGGGCAGACCAAGGACCCCCUGUUCAAACGUCACAAUUGGAUGCAAUGGCUCGGCAGGUUCAGCAGCUGUUUCCUCACAUGCCAAUGCCGGUCAUAAUGGAUGACUUACGACUCACGCGCUCUGUUGAAAUAACAAUUGAAAAUAUUUUGGAUGGGCGUUUGGUCGCCCCUCCUGGUCGAAGGUUUCGCGAAGAGAUCCCAGGUCCCACUCUGGUGACCACUGUUCCCCCUCAGCUCCAAUUGACCCCACCUAGCCAUACAACACCACCUGAUUCAAGCGAGGACAGUGUGGACAGCACUUCUCAGGACAGCACUGUUAAAGAAGAAGUGCCAUCGAAUCUUGGUGGUCGUUUCUCAAAGUCACCCACGGAACGAGAGAGAAUUCUACACCUACGCAAGGAACAGCUGGUGCAGGCUGCCCGCCGUCGCUACCUGGACAGACAGUCCUCUCAGCCUUCCUUGGAAACGGCUGCUGUUGCAGAUCCAGUACCAGAUGAGGUUCUUUUACAAAACAUUUGAAAAAUUGGCAAAGUGGGAAUGUUAGUGAUACUCAUGUUUUUUAGACAAAGAUUGGUGAAGCUCCGUGUUUUGACUAAGGAUGCAUUGUUUAUUAUGACAACUUUUAAGCCUUUAUCGUUUGUUAGACAAUGUAAAUUAAUUGAAGUACUGUAAUUGCAACGUUAGCAGGGCUGCUGCAACCGCUGACAGAAUAAUUGUGUGCAAAGCACUUUUCUUUAAACUCAAAUUGUAAAUCAAACUUGUGAUAAAUCAAUUGUGUUACAGUGGUUUUGUUUUGAGCUAAAAAACUUAGGAACACAUGAUGGAAUAGUUGUCUGAUUUUGUGCUGAAAACUGCGACAACUUCUUUCCCUUUCCCCCCCUUGACAUGCUUGAUGGUUUGUCAUAAUUUUGAAGCAAAAUUAUGUAUAUGUUUUAUAGGCAUUCUUUGAUACAAGUUUCAGAGGUGUGGUGUCUUGGUCUCUUUAUUGGUUGAAUUCAUUGAUUGCUUGUAUUGAACAUGACAGUUCAGAACUGAUGUAAAGUAGAAUAAUAUACUUUUUUUUGUGCCUUAUCAUAAUUUUCCUUUCUUUUUUUUUUCGUACAUUGUCAUUCUUUGUAGUUUUAUGUUAUUUAGAACUUAUAUGCUGUUCAAAGAAAUUGUGAUUGAAAUUGAGAAUACUUAACUAGACUAGUAGGUGUAAGUAAAUUGUUUGGGGAAACUUUAUGAGCAACAUAGUGAUUAUGAUGACUGUUAUGGUCAAGUUGUGAUUGGCUACUUAAAAGUCGAAAUGUAUUUUAGUUUUUACAUAGGCCUGUUUGCUUUGUAAAAUCCUUUGUAUUUUUUUUUUCACCUUUUUUUUGCCCUUUUCCUGGUUUUUCACCUUUUACCCCCUUUAAGAUUAAAUAGCAGGUUAACUGAAAGGUUCUUGGUAGCUGUUUCAUUCAUGCCAUAUGUAGAGGAGCCCAGUUUUCCUGAAGCUUAUUGGUUGUACCUUCUGACGAACGGUUUCUGUCUUGAAAAGAAUUUGUGAAGUACUUUAUUUAUUUUAUGUUUCUGAAUGGAAAAAUGAUCUCCUCUGCCAUAAAAAGCUGGUGGCUUGUUAGCUUGCUUCAGGUGAGAAGUCUGGAGGUUUAGGUGCCCUGUGAUAAUAUUGUUACAAGGUUGUAGUAAAUACUCGCCUUUGGCUUGCUGAGGGUGUUGGUUUUUGCCACCCAGCCCCCCAGCAUACCCAGGGUCAGUUUUAUUAAAUUUUUGUGUUAUGGCAAGCGAAAGGUCAGAACUCAUUUCUGGUCAGAGUAGAUUGACAGAGCCAUAAAAUGCAAGUCCAUUUAUGGUAUGUGUUAUGUCUCACUGUAAUUGAUAAUGAAUUUUUAGUGCACUGAACUUGUACUUAAAGCAUGUCUUCAGAGAGACUUUGGGAAAAGAAACUACUUGCAUCUUGUAUUUUUCUAAGACAAGAGGAGCAGUUGUAUGUCAAGGUGUGUUGCUUGUUUGGGUGGCCAUGAUUGAGAGAGUAUGUCAAGAGUGAUAGUCGAUUGCCAAAAAUAAUGUAAUUGCACUUUUCCGCCUUAUAUUUAAAGUUUCAUCUUCUUUGCAACUUGCCCUGUGUGCCAAGAAUGUUGUUUCUCUACCUUUCUGGCACUGGUUAGAUAAACGAGGAAUGUGCCUGAUACACCAUCUAUCUCAUCUCAAAUAAAAGUUAUUUCUCCAUGCGCUUUUAAAACUCUCCAGGCCAUUGGUAUUGGCUUGUUUGAUUGGUGCAAUUGAAGAAUUGUAUGACUACCUCAUACAAGAGGCCAAGUUUUCUUUCAAGAAAAUUGGAAUAGGUACUGAUUAGCAACAUUGGCAGAUUUCCAUGAUGCUGAUUUUAUUGAUACAGUUUGUUCCCAAAACUAGACCAGCUUGGCUAAGUGAUGAAAUGAGGCUGAUUUUGCAAUGUCUUGAUGGAGAUGAGAAGGAGACACUGUAUUAUUCUGCACACCUAGGAGUGGAUUUUGCAAUGUCUUGAUGGAGAUGAGAAGGAGACACUGUAUUAUUCUGCACACCUAGGAGUGUAUUUUGAAAUGUAAAUUUUACAUCCUGAAAGUUACAUUGAAUACCUAUAUCAGAUGAAAAAUAGAUUGGUUAGCAAACAUAGAAAGAAGGUGAUUUUAAGAAUAACUGUUUGUGUGAAUGAUUGUGAUAUUUAAUUUGCGUUGUAUAAUGCCAAAAUGUGUAAUGUAUUGAAAGUACUGAUAUCGCAUAAUAUGCCUCUGGUAAAUUCUAGAUUUACCUUAUACAUAAACAAUCCUUGCAUGUCGGUGUGUAUGUAAUAAUUAUCAAUUUAGAUACUAUGCAUAGUUAAUACCAUAGUCAACCAAGUGUCAGUCUCUGAAUGAUAUGAUAUUACAAAGUCAUUAUAGAGCAACGAGUUUGUGUUAAUUUAAUUUGUAUUUAAAAAGACUUUGAUUGUAAAGUGUACAUGCCUGAAAUUCUGCUACACUGUUUAACCAGUGCUCUUCUUUUCACAUAAAUGAGUGCUAUGAAUACCACUUAUAGAAAGUAUACUUGGUAUCUCAAGAAUAAUUUAUUUUACGCAAAAUAAAAAGAAUGAAACAAUC